UACCUAUAUGGUUUUCAUGUAUAAUUUUUUCUUUGCUUUUUCACAGCCAUACCUCUAUACUCUGGUUGUUGUCCUGAAAGACCGAUCUGGCCGUGUUGUUGACAGUGAAUCAUGUCCAGUAGGAUUUAGACAAGUGUCUAAAGCCCAUAAACAACUGCUUGUUAAUGGACAUGCUGUUGUGAUUAGAGGUGUGAACAGGCAUGAACAUCAUCCUCAAGUGGGGAAGGCAAACAUAGAAUCCUGCAUGAUCAAGGAUUUGGUCUUGAUGAAGCAAAAUAAUAUUAAUGCAGUGAGGAAUAGCCAUUAUCCCCAACAUCCACGUUGGUAUGAGCUAUGUGAUCUGUUUGGCAUGUAUAUGAUAGACGAAGCAAAUAUUGAGACACAUGGUUUUGACUAUUCUAAACAUCUCAAGCACCCUACUUUGGAACCAAUUUGGGCAUCUUCAAUGCUGGAUCGUGUGAUUGGCAUGGUUGAGAGAGAUAAAAAUCACGCAUGCAUUAUUUCGUGGUCUUUAGGGAAUGAAUCUGGAUUUGGAACAAAUCAUUAUGCUUUAGCUGGCUGGAUUCGAGGACGAGAUUCAUCACGGGUAUUACAUUAUGAAGGAGGUGGAUCCAGGACUCCAUGCACUGAUAUUGUGUGUCCUAUGUAUAUGCGUGUUUGGGACAUGGUGAAAAUAGCCAAUGAUCCAACUGAAACACGUCCUCUGAUACUGUGCGAAUAUUCACAUGCAAUGGGAAACAGUAAUGGAAAUCUUCAUAUAUAUUGGGAAGCAAUUGACAACACAUUUGGACUCCAAGGAGGCUUUAUUUGGGAUUGGGUUGAUCAGGCGCUGGUGAAAGUUUAUGAGGAUGGUACAAAGCAUUGGGCAUAUGGAGGUGAAUUCGGGGAUGUUCCCAAUGAUUUGAAUUUUUGUUUGAAUGGGCUCACAUUUCCUGAUCGAACUCCUCAUCCUGUUUUACAUGGUAAACUGACA